AGGCUCACUCUGGGAGUUGGAAAGUACGAUUUCAGCUUUAUCUCGGAGAGAAUUAGAAGUAAUGUCAUAUCCUCUGCUAGACCUGCUGAGAUAACCCUGUAUGAUGCUGCUGGUUUCAAAGGGAAAACUCUGAAGUUGUAUGAUGCUCAGAGCCUUAUUUCAUUGGGUUUUAACAAUAAUUAUUGUCUCCUCUAUUAAGGUCACCUUUGGUGAAUGGUCAGUGUACACGCACUGCGAUUACCAAGGAGCAAGACUCGAUCUGAAUGUCGGAAAGUACGACUUUCACUACAUCACCAAGACUCUUGGAAACGAUGUCAUCUCUUCCGUGGGACUGAGAAAGAUACCUAAACUUAUCUUGUACGACACUGGCUAUUUUCAGGGGAAAGUUCUUCCUCUUUCUAAAGCUACCCCUAACUUCACUCCUCUCGGCUUCGACAACAAAGCCUCCUCCAUUGAGGUUGAGAGUGGUGUGUGGACUGUCUAUGAGUCCGUCAACUACGAAGGGUACAGGCUCACUCUGGGAGUUGGGAAGUACGACUUCGGAUUUAUCUCGGAGAAAAUUGGAAGUGACGUAAUUUCCUCUGCUAGACCUGCUGAGAUAAUCCUGUACGAUGCUGGCAGUUUCAAAGGGAAAAGCCUGAAGUUGUACGAAGAUAUUUCGAGCUUUAUUCCGCUAGAUUUCAAUAACAUUGUUUCUUCUAUUGAGGUCACCUUUGGCGAAUGAUUAGUGUAUGAUAAAGUCAACUACGAAGGGAAAAGCCUCACUCUGAAAGUGGGAAAGUACGACAUUGGCUACAUCAAUAGUAAUCUGGGAAACGAUAUCAUUUUCUCAAUGAGGCCGACAGUAACUGCCUGAAGAGAACAUGCAGAUACACAUUGUCGAGAACGUUAUAAUGUAUUAGAUUAGCUUAUCCGGUAUAUAAUUAUAGUGGGCAUGAAUUUGUCUGAACAACGUUGCUUUGCAUGUGUUAUAUGAUAAUUGUUGCUGUAAAAUUUAUGAAUUCCAAGAAAAAUAAUAAUUUGUA